AUGAGGCCAGACGCAGCCACUUCAAUCUCCAGCCCUCUUACGGGCCUAUCCGAAAUUGGAAGGGAAACUGCAAGAGGCCAUACGAAGCGCAGGAACGACCGCGCCAGUCGCCAGGUUGCUCGCCCACUGCAAGUCUCCCGCGCCCUCAUACUCCUUAUUGUAGCAUGCUGCCAUGAUUGGCUCUGGUGUCAACGGCACCCCACGGAUCCUUCAAAAGGGACAAAGAACUCGUCUUCGGCAGUUUAUUCAUGGGCGGCAGAAGCGUCUACGGUUUUCGACGGCCGUUUCCUUGGACGGAAAAUAGCCACGGAGGCACUCCGGCAGUCCCCAGUGCCCCGCACUCCAGAGAAGCAGCCCAUGAAUGAUGAUGACUUUCUGGAGGAUGAAGAACCCAUGGAAAUAUGGGGAGAUAUCGAUGACAGGAGGAUGAUUCUCUCCGCUGCCCCGUGCCCGUGUGCGGCUGCGCUUCGUCAGGCGUUUAACGCCGCCCUCCGGAUUCUUGUUGAUCGCGGCGUGCGGAAUCAAUUGCUGCUAAAAUAUAGGUUACCUCUUUCUUUUGCUGUGGAGCUUCAAGGGGCUAGCCCCGCAUGGCCAAAGCUUAGCGACCUCUAUGAACACGACUUACUACGGGAAGUUUUAGAGCGACGCGUCCUGCGAGUGGCGACUGUCGCCGGGGGAGCUUCUCAAGACCCCGCAACAUCGUCUUUUAACAGUAGCUUCCUGCGCGAAAUCGUAGAUGAGAUCGAUUCGCACUACUCAGAAAUUGAAGGACUCUCCGAGUCCACUGGCCGAAGGGGAUCUCUGCCUAUCCAGAUUGAAUAUGUAUAUAAGGCGUCCACUGCUGUCGUACUACAGGCGCUGGAUGCCGGGCAAGCCCACAUGACAGAUAUCAACAUGGUCCUAAGUCACAACCCCUUCAACGGGAUCACAAUGACAUCAAGAUACAGCCGGUCAGAUCAGGUAAUGACACAGUCCACAAUUGUCAUUGUCAAGAGCGACACAAACAUCGCUAGUUUGCGGGCUCUUCGAGACUCAAUUUUCCUGUCUUAUGAUCAAGAGGGUCGCACAGUGGUAGUAGACAGUACGUGGAACCACCAGAGCUUAGCUCGCGUACUCCCCCCUUUUACUAUCUAUGAACUACUGUCGGACGGCGCACCGGGAUCACAUUUGAUCGAUGUACUCAUGGAUGAGGAGGCACUGGCAGCAACAGCGCAAGUACCAUUGCCGUGGAUCCACUAUGGCCUACGCCAAUUCGUUGCAGGAGCAACGUACGCCACAGGGGCGCUAUUCCUUAUGGACAAACAUGGUAGCAAGUGCCCCACUGCAGCAAGCGGAAAGAGGAACCCCGUACGCCCAGCUGCACCGGAUAAGCCUGGGGAAGACCCAGCGCUGUCCUCAUUAAGGAGAGAACUUACAAAGAAAAGUCUUGGUUUCCAGAGGUCUCAGCAGUUUUACGUGGGUAGUCGGAAAUCUUCAUGGGAGGGUGUUUAUGGAGCCGAUACGCCUGGAGGCCCCACAGAUGGCGAAGACUCCUACCCUGCCACUCCAGGGCCUUGGAGCACGGAGCCAUCGACGCCAGUGGGGGAAAUGGAGCUGUUCGACAGCCUACGCGGAGAUGCCGGGGAGCCUCUGGCAUCUGGCCGGCGAUACUUGCGCACCCGUGCACUGCACGAUUCGUAUAACGCUGCUCUCGUGCAGCUUGUGCAUAACUCUGUGCUAGAUAAUCUUAUUGAGGAUCUUCAAGAGAUAAACAUUGUUCCUUUCUUUGACUGUGGCGGGACUGUGCCUGGAUCCGUAGCCCGGAGCUUUCCUCCUGCCCACCGAAUUCCACCAGAUGAUGCCCUUAUGGACAUCUUACGUACCGGCGUGGUGCUCGUGGGAAUGCCCAUGGGAAGCAAAGAAUCGAUUUCAAGCCCUGAAGUGCUUUAUGCCCAGCGCGCGAUGACGGAGGUGGUGGCGGCGAUAGGUGCAGAGUAUCGUGUGACCCUGCAAACGCGAUUCAUUCGGUUUCCCAGUGCCCAGCACGUGCUGAGGGCGCUCCACAAGGGGCUGAUUCACUUGGCGGAUGCUCGAAUUUUGUUUGAGUAUAUCUCCCCUCACGCUCGUCUCGGGUUUAGGGUGAGACCUACGUGUGCGUUGGGUGCUUCACGAUUGUGGAUGAUGACUCAAAACAAAGAUGGCAUGACAUCUCUGGAGGGACUUCAUCAGACCUUAGAGAAGAUCCCCGAUGUCAAUGAUCGUCGCAUCGGUGUCCUUGAUCAGUAUUUACAGAGCACAGUUGCUAGCGUCUUGCCACCGGGGGUUUUAGUGGUAGAACUAGCAGUGGAAGAAGCAGCAGAAGCGCUGUUGUCUCGCUCUGUCGUGGCUGUUUUUGGAAUGGCAACCCAACAGCGGCGGCUGUUGCGUUCUCUCUUGAAUGUUGAGAGGAGGCCAACAGACCAGGAUAAUCAUGCGUGGGAAAAAAUGCCUCAAGUCGCAACGUUUGAUUCGAGGAACGAAUUGCGCUGGGGCUCCCCUAUUCAUACUCCGGGAUCCGGGUCUUUCCCUGAUGCUUUCCCUGAUCGUAGUCGACUCCCGUCUGAUCGAUUUACCCCAGGAGGCCCAGACUGGACUCCGGAGGACGGACCGGGCUUCCCGUGGCAUGUUGCCGCACCACUGCAAUACACAAAAGACAUCUAUCAAGAGCUCAUGAAGGCAGAGGGCCUUCCAUUAGAAACAAAUGAAGCUCCCCAGCAGAACACGCCAUCAUGGAUUGAUAUUGACACAGGAGUCACCGCUGUCAUGCAUUCCUUUCUCGCUGCAUCUCUGCGUUCACCGCGCACGAGCGGAUAA